AUGGACACUCGCACCGUGCUGGCCUUCUCAGCCGGAACCUGCGGUCCCUUCGAUUUCUCCAAGUUCGAGGAGGACGAGGUGGUGGCUGAGCACCUCACCAGGAAUGUCCAGUUCUUCGGCCUGCCCUCCCAGAAGCGAAUAGCCGAGUCCUUUGUCGUGGUCGUGGGUCUUGGAGGAGUGGGCAGCCAUGCAGCACACCUUCUGCUCCGCUCCGGGGUGGGCCGUCUACGCCUCGUUGACUUUGACCAGGUGUCGCUUUCGUCCCUGAACCGACACUGCAAUGCGACACGCGCAGACGUGGGCAUGCCCAAGGCAGAGUGCCUGGCGGCCUACUUCCGCCAGGUCAUGCCCGAAGCCCAGAUCGAGGCCGUGCGUGCCAUGUACACCGAGGAGACAGAGGAGCACAUCCUCGCCGGGAACCCAGACUUUGUGCUGGACGCCAUCGACAACAUCGACACCAAGGUGGCGUUGCUGGUUGCGUGCCGGGCGCGGGGGAUCCCAGUGCUGGCCUCAGCGGGGGCCGGCGCCAAGGCCGACCCCACUCGCCUCCGCAUCGUGGACGUGGCGGAGUCGGUGGCAGACCCGCUGGCCAGGGCGGUGCGGCACAGGCUUAGGCGGGAGCAUGGCAUCGCCGACGGCGUGCCGGUGUUGCUGUCCACGGAGAAGCCGCGCGUCGGCCUGAUCUUCGGCGGCGAGGAGGGCGCCAGUCCCCUCGACUACCAGGUCGUCCCAAACUUUCGGAUACGGACCAUCCCCGUCCUGGGCACGAUGCCCGCCCUGUUUGGCAUGGCGGCCGCCAGCUGGAUCCUGUGCCAGCUGGCGGGCAAGCCCUUCGUCCCGGAGCCCGUGUUCACGAUAGAGAUCAAGCAGUACCAGACGCAGCUGCACCGGCUGGAGGACCGCGAGCACGCUCGGUUCGGGACCAGCGCCGGUGUGCAAGUAGACCUGCAGGAGGUGGAGGCCCUGGUGCGGGAGUACUGGCGCGGCCGCAGCGCACGGCAGGCGGUGGGCUCCAACGACAAGGGCCUGGGGCGCAGCAUCGGGCACCUGGCGCUGACGCGCUGGGACGCGGGCCGCCCCGCCUCGCCCGGCAACCUGGUGCUGCUGACACAGGAGGAGGCCGACGCGCACGACGCGCUGGCACAAGGGAGCCAGGGCAGCGUGCACGACGCGCUGGCGCUGCAGGCGCUGCGGGCGCGGGAGCCCGCCUUCUGCGCACGGGUGGAGGCCGUGCUGGGCCGUGUGCGCGCGCAGUUUGGGUGCUGA